AAUGACAACAGUGUUCCGCUCUGACGUAUUUGGAAUUGAUUUCUGUCACCAUAUCGAUUCUUUCUUGGAGAAGUGACGGAAGCAGAGCAAUCAAUUCCAUUUCUGAAAGCCAGCGCCAUUACAAAAACAAAACAGCCUGGACAUAAGAUACUUCUAAAUCAAGAGCUAUAUCUACAAAGGGGCUUAAACAUGCUGCCCAUUAUUUUUGCCCUGUCAAUGACAGUAUAUACCACACAAGGAGCCAGCUAUUCCGACCUCCUCCUCAACGAUCUGUCUCAGCUCUAUCAACUCCAACAACCUGAGUCAGGUGGACGAUAUGGUUACUAUGACGACGAACUUGUUGGGAGGAGUAUGCCUGAUGAUUGGUCCUUAAACAUGGAUGACCCUAAUCUAUUCAGCAGAGCAUCAAUCAGGGACCCAGAAUUAAUACAACAGUUGCCUAGCCUUUGGGGAUACCAGUCCAUGUCUGGUGGAACAGGAGGUGGAAAAGAAAAUCCUAAACAAGUAAAAACUGACAAAGUUCUUCCAGCUUACUGUAACCCACCAAAUCCUUGCCCUGUUGGAUAUACAGCUGAUGAUAACUGCGUGGAAAAGUUCGAGAAUUCCCUUGACAAUAAUCGCCGUCUGUUAAAACAACAAGACUGUCCAUGCGAUGCAGAACACAUGUUUUCAUGUCCGGCUGAAAAUGACCAGGAAAUUAAGCAAACAGGAAACUAUCCAGAAUGGAUGCAGCAAAACUCAAACUCAGAUUUGGACAGUAUGAGUUUAGAGAAACGCGAGAAGAAAGGUGGCAACCAUAUGAGAUAUAGAAGGGACAAUGAACGCAUCAUGGAAAUACUUCAAUCUAAACUUGAGAAAAUGAAGAACAACCCUUAUUUUAGCGGACCACACAGAGAGGUUGCUGCCAAAAAAGGCGAUCCUCUAAUGAACAAACAUUGAGUUGUUCACGCGUAAAACCAAUUGGUUUAUUGUUUGCUACAGUUAUGUUGCUUAUUGUUCGUAUUUCUUUUCAAAAAUGUAUUAUUAGACGAGAACUUCAAAAAUCUAUUGAUCCAAAGAACAAUUUAAGCAUUAUUUUUCAAAAUAUAGGAUCAGGGCUAGGGGACAGGGUCAAAGUAUAAAAUAGAUUGUUGCUAGUGUAGUCCUCUUCUUGUCCACAAAUGUUGCAAGGAAAGUGUAAUGGUCAAAAUGUUCAGUGGACAUUUUUUCUUUCUUUUAGUUGCUUAACUGCUCUUUCUUUUUCUAGGUGUCUUUGUUUUGAAAAUGACUUUUAUUCAAUUAAAUUAAGUUAAAAUUAAUAAGCAAAGAUAUAAGACACUGCAGAAAAUCACAGACCACCAACUAUAAAAUGGGGUUCUCCAGGCCGGUGUAAAACUUCUGAAGACUUUCUGCUUAUACGUAUAAUUUCCUCUUUCAUUUGUGUGUAUGGAAUGCAGACAAUAAACGAAUAGAUCUGUUACGCUCGGGGUCCCUCAACAGUAUCAGAAUGUUAUUGCCAUAAAUAUGAAAUAACUCAUUAUCUUCCUACACUUUAUCUACAUUUCGCCAACACAAAUACUGUUGGACUCUCAUGGGCGUUGCACGAUUCCAAAUUCCAUAACGAUUUUAUAACAUUGUGUUCAAAUAUUUUAUUGAGGGUACUUAACGGUUCUAUAUUACAAAGUCUAUCAAUUGUUGGUUUUAAAAUAAAAUAUAUUUACGUUU